AUGCUGCUUUUCCUCGCUAAAGUGGCAUUAGUCCUCGUGCCGGUUUGCUUGGCUAACCCAUUCGUGGUUACCGCCAAUCCGAACGCCUCGGACUAUGAGGCACCAUACACGCCGCAGAUGAUCGGCCACCACAUGAUCAAGGUCUACAACCCAGUCACCUGCGAUACCUGUGACCCGGGAGCCGAAUGCAUCCGUGGUCUUCAUCAGAUGCAUCAUCAACCAAACGUGUACCCGUGUGUCCAGUAUCUUCAACUCUGCGAUGGAUACCUCGAUACCCCCGAUGGUGAUGAUGAGGACCCGACCUUCUGCAUGUUCCACAACCUGCUGGCCACCAACCGCACCAUCCUCCGCCGCAAGGUCCUGCACAUGCUAAACCAGUUCCAAAAACCAUACAAGGGGGCCUCCGAUUUCCUCUUUAACCUAAUGAGCCAAGGCACCUAUCUACCGUCGCAUCACCCCCUACAGUUCCGCGAGAUCGUCAAAGCUGGCGCUCACGGAAAAUCGGUGGUCGAGCACGAGUUCGUGCUC